AUGGCGCAGGGCAGUCAACAACUUGACAUGCAGGUACUCCAUGAUCUCCGACAACGUUUCCCUGAGAUACCUGAAGGGGUGGUAUCUCAGUGCAUGCUUCAGAACAACAACAACUUAGAUGCCUGUUGUCGAGCCCUUGCACAGGAGAGCAACAAAUACUUGUAUAUGGAGUACCAUAGCCCUGAUGACACCAGAGUGAAUAGGAAUAGCCUUUUGCACAUCAAUCUGGGUAUUCAUCCUCAUACCAGCUAUCAUGCAGGGGAUGGAGCUCAACUUAAUGGUGGUCGUACACUGGUACACAGUUCAAGUGAUGGACAUAUUGAUCCACAACGCACAGCAGGUAAACAGCUGAUAUGCUUAGUUCAAGAACCACAUUCUGCUCCUGCUGUUGUGGCAGCUUCUCCUAGUUACAAUCCAUUUUUCAUGAAUGACCAGAAUAGAAAUGCAGCUACUCCUCCUCCACAGCCACCUCCUCAGCCAUCUUCCAUACAACCAGGAAUGAACACAUCUGCUAUGCAAGGCCCUCCUCCCACGUAUAUGCACAUACCUCGGUACAGUACAAAUCCCAUUACUGUUACAGUAUCACAAAACCUCCCCUCUGGACAGAGUGUACCCAGAGCUCUACAAAUUCUUCCACAGAUUCCAAGCAAUCUUUAUGGGACUCCUGGCUCUAUUUAUAUAAGACAAACAUCUCAAAGUUCUUCAGGACGACAGACUCCUCAAAAUACGCAGUGGCAUUCAUCGCCACAGGGCCCAGUUCCACAUUAUACUCCCCGUCCUCUACCUGUGUAUCCACAUCAACAGAACUAUCAACCUUCUCAGUAUUCUCCUAAACAAGCUCAGAUCCCUCAGUCAGCUUUUCGAUCACCACCGGCAUCCCAGUGUCCCUCUCCCUUUGGCUCUCCUCAACACCAAGUUCAGCCUCCUCCGUUGAGUCAUCAGAGUUCACAUGUUUUCAUGCCUCCUAGUCCUUCAACUGUCCCACCUCAUCCAUAUCAGCAAGCAUCCCAGACUUUUCAAAAACAAGGCGGUCACUCUGUAUCGUAUCUUCCUCCUUUUGCUGGACCUAGUUUAUCCAAAGGUUCCAUGAAUAAAAUAGAAAUUACAGUUGAGCCACCACAAAGACCUGGGACUACAAUGAACAGAAGUCCUUCGCCAAUAAGUAAUCAACCAUCUCAACGAAACCAGCACCCACUGUAUACAGCCACUACUCCUCCUUCAAGCUCUCCAUCAAGAGGUAUGUCAGGUCAACCCAAACCUCCGUUUAGCGUUAAUCCAGUAUAUAUUACCUACACUCAACCAACCGGACCUACAGGUGCACCAACACAGUCUCCUCGGGUCAUGGUAUCUCAGCCCAACCCAACCAUUUUUAAAAUCACAGUAGGGCGAGCACCGACUGAGAAUCUUUUAAAUUUAGUGGACCAAGAAGAGCGUUCUGCAGCACCAGAACCUAUUCAGCCUAUUUCUGUAAUCCCAGGAUCUGGAGGAGAAAAAGGAAGCCAUAAGUAUCAGAGAAGUUCUAGUUCUGGAUCAGACGACUAUGCUUACACUCAAGCCUUGCUGUUACAUCAGCGAGCAAGGAUGGAGAGAUUAGCAAAGGAACUGAAGCUUGAGAAAGAAGAGCUUGAACGCUUGAAAGCUGAAGUCAAUGGUAUGGAGCAUGACCUAAUGCAGAGGCGGCUUCGAAGAGUUAGCUGUACAACUGCAAUUCCAACACCUGAGGAAAUGACCAGAUUGAGAAGCCUCAACAGACAGCUCCAGAUAAACGUUGACUGUACACUGAAAGAAGUUGAUCUCCUUCAAUCUAGAGGGAACUUUGAUCCAAAAGCCACGUGUAACUUCUAUGAUAAUAUAGAGCCUGGUCCUGUUGUGCCACCAAAGCCAUAUAAAAAGGAACAUCAAAACAGCUCCAAACAGACUCCACGGACGCAGCCAAGAGAUGAAGACUUUGAAGGGGCUCCAUGGAAUUGUGAUAGCUGCACCUUUCUAAAUCACCCAGCACUAAAUCGCUGUGAGCAGUGUGAAAUGCCACGAUACACUUGAAAAGCAGGAAGGGGCUGGCAUUGGGUUUA